UUAUGUUUCCUUGUUUAGCCUCCAUUAUAUUGGUAUGAGAGAGACCUAACCCCUAAAUUAUUUUCAUUUUUUCGUCUUCGCUAUAACUUCUAAGCAAAGAAGCAUAGUGAAAAUACACAAGUCAUAUUCAACUGAUAUUAAUUUUACCGAUAUCUCAUUCUGAUCUAAAUAUUUUUCAUUCAAACCAAAACAUGUGUUUAAAGGUUUGUAUUACCAUCCUUCGUUUUUUUUCUUCUUGUUCUGUUAAAGUAGCAUUCAUAUUAAAAUCCGUAUAAUGCAUAUCGAAAAAAAACAAAAAUUCGGUUGAAAAAUUUAAAGAGAUCUAAUGGUCGGUCCCGUAAGCGAACGUUGGAUUUGGCAACAAUUGAACAUGGCGAAGCGCUUUGCAAUUUGCAUUCACCUGUGAAAUGAUAUCCACAUGAUAACAUAAGAAAGAUCGAACGGUUUACGAAUAUUCGAGAUCACAUUGUAAACUCUCGACUGUUGAUCGUGACCCUCCUAAUUAAACGUCGUUUAAAACGGAGAACGUGGGAAGCGUCCGUCAAAGAAGAGGAAGAAGUACAUGUGAUGUGACAUGAACAUGAAGAUUAGUAUUGAUUAGUCACCCUUCGAUUCCAAAUCUGAAUUCAACAUUAUAUUUACAGGGAGUUCUUUUGUGGAAAGUUCCUCAUUCGUGCUUUAUUUCAUCAACUCCGUAUACUGGUACAGUAGUACUCUCUGUUUCUCAUGCUCUUAUUGUCCCAGAAUACAGGUAUGCUAUUUUUUUGUGUGGUUUUUAUAUUCCCUUUUACAAAACUUCUAAAAGUGUACGUAUAUUUUCAGUUAACAGAAAAUUUACUAACUCGAUAUGAUGGCGGGAGAAAUUCAAGAACCGCUUAACCUAAGCCUUCUGGUAAUUUCUUCAACUAUUGUCAAAAUUUUACUACUUUGUCUUCUUAUAGUUUCCAAUAUAUUACACGUUUUAAACAGGCAAGAGUGUUCUUAGGCCUCGAUAUUUUUUAUUUUUUGUUUUUUGUUUCCGUCUGCAUUUAGUGUUAUAUUUUGCGUUUGAAUUAUGCAAAUAUAUGUGUUCUAUGGAGAAACUGAAAAUGUUCUAUUUAUCAAAAUAUAUGUAUAAACAAACACAAACAAGCCUUUUAAUAUGUUUCCUAAUGGGCUGCAGGAGAAUUCUAUUCACUCAGGAUCCGUUUCAUUUGGGAGAUUCGAGAAGGAAUCUUCAUCAUGGGAGAAGUAAUCAUCUUUCUCUCACAAUAGAUAUCUAGAAGAGGCUGAGAGAUUCUCUAAGCCUGGGUCUGUUACUCAGAUGAGAGCUCAUUUCGAGGCUCAUUUUAAGAAAAAAGGAAUCCAACUUCCGAGUUCUGUAGAAGCUCAAACAUGGGGAGAAGUAGCUCAACAUCAUCAACAAACUGCUAGUGAGAAAGAAGGAAAUUUGUGGGAGAGUAUGAGUCAGUGUAGCCACUACAGCUAUGAACUAGACAAGUGUGAUAAAGAAAAGAGCUCAUUCGGCGAUUCUUGUGUGAGUUAUGAGUCUUAUGAUGAUCAUAGUUCUCUUUCUGUUGCUCCGGAGAAGAUUGGAAUUGGUUGCAGUGAGAGAAGUGUAGAGGAUAAAGCAGAAAUGAGUUUUCCCUCUGCAACUGCAUUGAAGUCUUUGAAAAAUGACCGGAAAGCUACUCCUAGUUAUGUGAAAACGACGAAAACUACUACCAAGAAGCAUGUUGUCAUAGCAAAGGGGUCUUCUAGUUGUAAUACUAAAACAAGUUUUGACACUAAGAGAGGAAAGGAAAUGAAGCCGGCCUUGAUUGUUAAAUCCAAUGCAUCUCAAGCUCCAGUAACAAAGAAAACUGAGAGCCUGACUCCUCUAGCUGCAAACAAGUUCAGGUCCAAGAACACUUUUGGUUCUGCUAUGAAAGAGAGAACAGCUACUAAUGGUUUCAGUUCAAGAAGCAGCGAGAGAGUCGAGAAGAGAAAAGAGGAAAAUGUGGAAGCCAUAGUGCUAAAAUCUCUCAACUUCAAAGCAAUACCAGUGCUUAGAAGCAGACUAGCUAGACCUCAGCACACGUCAAUAGGUCAAGAAAAGGUAAGAAAAGAUGCUCAAGCACACUCAUCUAAAGCUAGUAGUAAUCGGUCAUCGGCAAAUGAAGCAGCCAAGAGUAAGCUCAAUAUUAACAAACAGAAGGUGGAUACACAGAGGAGUCUAAGUGAGAUUAGACCAAAUAGCAGGGAUCAGACCGCGAAAAACAACGCAAACGGAAGGAGUUUAGCGGUUAGGCGCUCUGCGGUUGAGGUUGCUUGGUGAGCCAUUCACCGUCUCAACUGUUUCUUUGUGUUUGCGUUUGUGUUUCUAUGUUAUAAUGAUUAUAAUAGUAUACCAUUGAAACACAUCUUAUAUAUAUAAAAUAGUUUUGUGCUCUACUCACAGCCUUCCACGUCAUCAAAGUGGAUAGGGCAUUUCGCGCCACGUGUCACCACACCAGAACAUUUGCGUUUCUUUUUUUUCCAGCCAUUCUCGAAUACACUUAUUUGAACUGGGCUUUUUUACAUAUGAAAAUUAGGCCCUUAGUUAAAGCCUGUAAGAAACCCAUUGGGAAUUAGGUUUCGUCUUCCUCUUGCACCUGCGAUCUGAACGAUGAAAUUCCAGAGACUUCAAGCGCAGUUUCGAUCUUCGUAACGUUUCAACCAUCGAUAAAUAUGUUCUUUAAUGGCGACAAUAAAAUCUCCCCACUUUGUGCUCUUAUUUAAGUUUCUGUUGAUUCUGAAUCAACCAUAGACACUAUAUAUCUAGAUCGUCCAUAACCCAAAGCUACAUCUCAUGGUCAUGGCUUCUUCAAAAUCUUAGAUUACUCAAUAUCUCAAAUAUACGUUUCCAAAUUGGAGAUAUCUCAAGUCCUCUUUUCAGAGUUGCCCAGUCAGUAUUACAACUCCUAAUUUUUUCACAAGCCAUCUUUUUUUUUUCAGUUUCACACCUUAAUUUGCUUUUCUCCACACUGUUUGUUUAUUUCAGCGAUGGCAACUAUCCAAAUUGACAGGUAGAUAACCACUCAACAACCCUGGUUAUGUUUGACCAUUAGUUCGUUUUUGUUACUUGAUUAUGUGUGCAUUUUCUAAAGCAUCUCUCAACUCUGGAACAUGUGUCUUAGUGUGUUUGAUUGCGUUAAAAGUCAGACUCGAUGAAAUUUUUUUUGAUAACGGGUGUGAAGCCAAAAGUCAUCAUUGCAAGUUUGCAACCUACACUAAUCCUAAAUUAGUUGGAGGUCCACAUCUUUUUGUUUUCCUUAAUAAUUUUUAAUAACAACAUCAUACCAGCUUACACACCAACCAAAUAUCUGACUUCAGGUUGUCUAUUACCCAGUGUAAUUUCCAGAACACACUCCUACUUUGAUAUGAAAGCCUGGUCAGCCAGAGUUACCUUAACAAGUAAGAGGCUUCAAACUGGAGAUUUUGGAAUAAUUUUCAUCUCCACUACUCACCGCAGGUCUUGUGGAAGUGGCGUAAGUUGCUCCUAAAAUUCUUCCAAAUAUGGAGGUGUUCAGAUAAUAGAGUCAAUCACACUGGCUGCAUUCUCCACCACAAGUUCGUUUUCUUACAUCUUACAUUGCAUUAACUCUCAGCUGUGUUUUGAAUGUCACUUGCUCUACUCUAAUCAGUAUGCAACUAUAACACCACAGACCGUGGAGUCCCUCUGCACUCCCAAGUUGGUGGCAUUGAGACUACUAACAGAUGGUGCUACAUAUCAUGUUCUAAUUGCUCACAAAAACUACAAUGUAGAUUCACAUCUGCAGGGUGCCGUUACGAGAAUGCUGUUGGGUUGUUUACCUGAAUUACCAUCACUGUGAAAGCUCUCAUGAGGUGGACAAAAGAGGUGGAGAGAACACAAUAGGUUGCCUUUACAAUUGAUGAAGGAAGCACAAUGGACUCAACACCACUACCUUGUCAAACGGAGACAGUGGUAAGCAUUGACAGCAAAGCAAGUGGUGUCACGCGGAAACAGCGACAAUGCAGCAAGAGUAUUAGCUAAUCAUCAUCAUCAAGUGAAAUAAGGGUUUGAUGCCAAAAAAAAGAAGGUGAAAUAAGGGUUUGGGCAUGCUUAGUGUUAGGGUGAGAUGCAAGUCGUGUAACUUCAAUCUCUGUUUCUGGUGGUUUUGUAUUUGUCUAUUUCUAUUAACAAAAAGAAAAAUAACUUUUUAUUAUCAUGGUCUGCAAGUUAGGUACUCCUCCCGUUUAGCCUUAGACUUUGUUUAACAUCAAAUAAAACCCACAUACUUAUUAAUUCUAUUGUUUUUAGUA